AUGACGGACCACUACACCAUCCACAGCCAGCUGGAGCACCUUCAGUCCAAGUACAUCGGCACGGGCCACGCCAACACCACCAAGUGGGAGCGGCUGGUGAACCAGCACCGUGACUCGUACUGCUCCUACAUGGGUCACUUCGACCUCCUCAACUACUUCGCCAUCGCGGAGAACGAGAGCAAAGGGCGCGUGCGCUUCAACCUGAUAGAGAAGAGGCUGCAGCCCUGCGGGCCCCCGGCCGACAAGCCCGAGGAGAACUGAACCCCCGGCGCCCUCCGACCAUGCCCCCGACGCAGACGUCCGCCUGAAGGCCACGCCGUCCUGCCGCCCCCACGAUGCCU